CGUUAUCGGUGGUAUAUUAGCGGGCACUCGAAAAUGGGGCUUCCUCGAGCAAGCGGCAAGCGGCGGUGGUCUGGUGAAGACUCUGCUGACGCCGUACCUGCGGCCAAGGUGAUGUGCACCUCGCCGCCCCACGCCCUCUGCGCUGAGGACGUGCUGCACCACCCCGCCCUCACCCACGCCCAUGCUUCCACGCCCGCCCACGAGUGCGAAUUGACCACUCCGGCGGCAGUGACUGAUGCCGACGAGACCUCCACCAGUCUGACGGAGGAGGAGGACCACAUCGCCUCCUCGAGCAGCACCUGCGACCAUCACUCACAAGAGGACCAUUCCUUCACCGAAUCCGAGGACGACGAGUCCAUGGACGAACGUGAUGACUUUAUUGAUGAUGAGGAGGACAAGGACUCCGGGUUUAUUGAUAGCAACUCUAUAGACAAUUCUUCUGACGAUGAAGUGGAAGGAAGAGUGAUACCAUCGGACUCGUCAGCCUCGUCCUCCACCCUCACUGACGCCUCCACCGUGGCCUCCACUUCCCUUCAGUUGUCCCUCUCGCAAGUUCUCCCUCCUCCCUCCUCAGAAUUUUUAAUAAGUACUAUCUGCCCUGAAAACAAGGUUAACACUAUCUGUACCGCUUCCCCUUCUCCUGUCACCAUCAUCACACCUAGCCCAGUAUCACCAGUCACUAUUCUCUCAUCUACCCCAUCAUCACCAGUCACCAUCACCUCGCCAACACUCUUGCCUGCAGUAACCUUCCAUACAUCUACUUCAUCAUCCCAUACCAUCACCGACUCAUCUCCUUCAUUGUCAACAACGAUUCAUGCAUCCGAUGCCACCUCAUUGAUAACUAUCCACGCCGCCUCCCCAUCAUCACCAGUACCCUUCUCUCCGAUAUCUACCUCACCCACUUCUACAAUGUUUCUUUUAACAGCUGUGUCGACCAUGACCACAUCAACUACUACCACUACUACUACUGUUACUACCAGUGAGGAACGACUUCCUGGGACCUUGGUGAAUGAUGCAAGUGUCACCACUGUCACAGCAACUCAAACAGGUACAGUGGUGACAAGUGCAUACCAGGGAGCGUUAUCUUCCUCGACGUACGAUUCCCACUCGUACCCAUACCCUACUGAGACCUAUCCAUCACGACCUUCUACUCCUGCUGCGUGGGAGAGCUGUAACUAUUAUGAUGGAUCUCAACCCAAUACAAACAAGUACAUGGAGAUCUCGCCCAGCAAGUCAAGCACCAGUCAGUCAAUUCAGUGUGAUGAAAAUGGCAAGUCAUACCUGGAACUGGGAAGUGCCUCUCCAUAUACUCACACAUACUCCAGUGACUGUGGCAAUUAUACGACGUCACCCUCUAAUUACCCUUCGCAAUCUUACAAUCAAACCUACACCAGUCCUAGCUCCUAUGGCCAACCAAAUACCUAUUACAAUUCCAGACAAAGUUAUAGCCCAAAUCCCUAUGCCUAUCCAAGUAGUGAAAACUAUGCUAAUUUUGAGGGAGAGAAUGGAUGCAGUUACGGUUAUGGUGCAAAUACCAAUACUUAUGGUAAUGCACGAAGUACCCUGCCACCUUCUCGUGGGCCUCCACGAUGUAUGUCACCAUACUGUGACCCAACAAGAGGGACUGCAAGACCUUCCUGUUAUCACCAACAAAGGCUGUCAGUGCUCAAUGUUUCCAUGUACAAAUUGAACAGAUUUCGACAAUUCCCAGACCCCAGCCUUCAUCGUUCUGUGCUCAUAUGUAACACUUUGAGACACAUAGAGCGUGAAUUGGAGGCAGAAGGAGUUAGUGUUGCCACUAUUUUAGCACACUCACAUGCCCAUGCUGCUCAUUCACAUCUACAAGGAUCUACACCCAACCCAGGAACUCCUCCAUGCCCAGAGCCCAUGCCGUCCUCGCCGCCACCUUCUCCUGCACCAUCAGAGGGCCCUCUGCCUUCCAUGCAUGCCCCUCUUGUAGGCUCCCCACUGGCAGCACCUGUGUCUCUGCCUCCGUCCACACCUGUCACGCCCUCUCCUGUCAAUCACUACAGUACUGCAGUACCCACUGUCCAGUAUCCUACUGCACAGUACCUGCCUGCUGAGCAUUCUCCAGCUUAUGAUGGCAGAGAAACUGUUCACAUGCGCCCCUAUUCAAGUCUGCCUUCCAACAACCACCAUAGUGAGGUUGGUGAAGGGCCCUCAGGUGUGGUGGAUAGUGAAGCAGAGCCUGAGGAUACCCCACCACCUUCCACCCCUCGGCCCCCGCCACUUCCACCAGAGGAGCGAACUGAUGCCAUCAACUGGUGCUCGGUUUUAAGUCUGUCCUCCCAGACUGACCUGGACUCUAUGAACAAUAAUGAGUAUGGUGACUGGAGUGGUGAAGGUAGUUCUGAACUGGACUAUAAUCGCCCAGAUGAUGCGCCGCCCUGGAAGUUGCCAUCUCUUAGUGCCGAUGAUGUGCUCAAGUCUUUCCCUGAGGCCUCUAAAAGACUCGAAGCCAAUGAGGAUCUCGAUUCUAUUAUAAAUGUCUUAGUUGGCUCUUAGCAUUUAGUGUAGACUAAAUAAUUGUUACUUCAUUCCAAAGGAAUCAGUGUUCAGGUUCUGCCGCCAUGCUGGCAAUAAGAGUACAUCGCAAUCCAGUGCAUUUGUGGACAACCAGACUUUGCUCAACGCCUGGCUGGCACCGUGGUCCAUAGGUCCAGUAGCCAGUCGCGCCCUGUGUCCCAAGGGUGCCGACUUAUGCCGCAUACACCAGGCCAGCCGCACAGUAGCACAUGGCCCACUCCUCAGGGCAGAGGCACGCACCUCAGGCACACAUCACACCGGCUGACUCAAGUGAAGCUUUACCACUCACACCUGGAGCGGUUAUGUGUCGGCUACCCCUUUGAUUAAGGUUACGAAGUGUACCUGCAUAUAAAUACAGUAAUUAAGUUCUCAUUAAUGUAACAGUGGCAAUAUAUAAGGUUCCGUACCAGAGUUUUAGGCAAUUAAUUGCCAAAAAUAUUUUUAUGCUUGAUUAUUCAAGAUAUAUUUCAGUGCUGAUUUUCCUUGUGGACAAAGGUGCUUAUAUUCAGUUUUAAAUAUAUUUUGAUUUCACUUAGUUAUUCAGACAUUUUUAAUCUCAAGAGCGGUUGUGUCUUAGUAUCUUUCAGUAUUUACCAUUAUAUUAUUCUGCAUUGAGGAGUCUAGUGUAUGGAGUAAGCUGCUGAUAAUUGUGUAUUGACUGCUCUGGCCCACCUACAAGUUCAAAUUGUUCAUAUUAUUUUGAGACACUGCAGUUCUCAUGAUGUCACAUGAUGAACUGUAUUAGGCAGCAUAACAGUGUCUACCCAGUGUUCCACACUAGGGUCUAAAUAUAUCACCAUUAUCAAUGGGUUUUUCUUUUGGUGCCAAUGGGAAUUUCGGCUUGUUCAUGCCAGUUACUCACUUGUAAUUUUCAAACAAAUAUUUGUUAGAAAAUAUUGUAUGAAUUAAACAUUGGUUCAUAAGAGAGAGACAAAAAAAAAAAGAAUUGUGCCUGGUAUUAGUAGGUUGUGAUUCCCUGCUUGUUAUUUUGAUCUCUGGUGAUUUUAUUGUAGAAUGACUCAUUGAUUCUAGUCGUGGUGAUCGCCAUAGACAGCCGUGCACAUGCCACCAAGGAGCAAUUAAGUGCAACACAAAACUGUUUCUUUUCUUUACUCAAUCUGAUAUUAAUCAAUUUUAAAGGUCUCCUGAUCAGUUACCUUGUGGCUACCACUAGACACAAAAUUCAGUCACUUAUGUCUUCCUAAUUUUCAACAUUUUCAUAUUCUGUUAAAAUACUUUUGUAUUAUCCACAUAUAUAUUUUUUUUAUUUUAAAUGAGUACAUGCUAUCAAUUUUUAAUAAUUGAGACAUUAUAUCUGAAAAAGCUAUAAGACAAUUAUUUUACAAUGUGAGCAUAUUUUCCUGUAUUGUGAAUAUUUCUGUAUGAGUUGCCUCCUUACAGAACAGCCAGUCAGUAUCAGGUGUGUGGGUGGGGUGUGUGGGCAUGUGUGUGGCUGGGUGGGGAAGGUAGUCCUCUUGCUAGGUGCCCACACUCAUGCCCCAGCAUGACUUGCCCACACCCAUGCUGGCUGGCUGCCCACUUCUGAUUCUCGUCAUGUAUGUCUUGAUAGCCACAUGCCGAUCAUCGAAACUGUAUUAAGUGAAGCCAGCAAAGCCCAGCAGUCUAGUGCUCUACCAGGAGGCAGCACAAGUGUACAGUACAAUGGCUCUGCCUUAACAAUAAUGGUUAUUAGUUAGAUAAUCUGUAAUUAAAUUGGCUGUGAUCACCUAAGGAAGGUCCCUUAAGUGUAAGCUGAGUGAUAUAUGACUUCGGUUGUGCUCUACUCAAAUUCUCAACCUCUGACUACUCUUUGUGAUACAAUUGCUCAGAAGUACAGUUUAUAGUAGAGUAAACAGCAGAACCACUUAGAUUCUUUGUAAUGCAGUUAUAAUUUUGUGAGCCCCCUGCUUUCUGUAUGGCCUGAAUUUUUAUCAACACCCCAUCAAUUCGGUUCCCAUUUCAGACUGUCUCACAGUGCUUGGUCACAAAUACACCUACAUUUUUUAACUAUUUGCAUAAAAUUGAGCAUAUGUUUUCAGUGUUACACAUGACAUUUGAUUCCCAAAAGUGAAAGUGGUUGGAUGCCGUUCCAUCAUUUUGUCCUAAUAUUCUAGCUCUUCCUGUGUUCUCAUUUCCCUUCAGAGUGCUAUAAAGUCAUACUGACUUGUGCUUUGUCCUCACAAUUACCACACCCUACCUACCUUCAUUGUUGCAUAUUUAAGCAGAAUCCUUCACAUGCACAUACUCUGAUACUUUACUGUUUAUAUUAAUAUUUAUAACCAUUGACUCCAAUGUGUACAUUGUCAUAAACCCCAGUAUACACACAGUCUUACUAACAGGGUAUUGGCCCCAUAAUACUGGUUACCUGAUACAUGCUGGACACUAGUACCAAUCAUUUCCCCAUAUGCCAUUUUCAUGCAAGUCAAUGACAAAAAUGCGUAAUUCUUCAAGUCUCGUUUUAAAUAAUUUGACUGUUUCACAUUAGAGUUUUUUAAUACUAAAAUUAAAAUAUUAGUUUAAUUUUUAGUGAUUUAUACAUUUAUAAUUGUAAUCACAUCAAAUAGUAUGGUACCCAACCUUCCCUAUAGUAUCCACAUAAGUAUCCACAUAAUACACUAGCAUAGUACCCCCGUAUGCCUUAAAUGAUCUUAGUAAAAAAAAAAAAUACCAUGGUACACACAUAAGCUCUACAUUUGAAUCGCCUACACUACCAUGAUAGUUACAUUACCACAGUACCCAGAUAUGGCCGACACUCGUUGGUAUACUGACAUACUGGUAUACUGACACUCGUUGGUAUACUUAUAAGGUAUACUUACCUCACGUGCUAUCACUCCUCUCCAUACACCAAAUUACAUAGAAGCACCCAUUCUGCAGAACACCUACACAACCACGACCCACCUGAGGCCCACUGCCGGCAUGGCCCGAGUGAGCUUGAGUACAUACAUUCAAUUAUUAAUGGGUGGGUAAAAAUGAUGGUGGUGGGAGGUAAUGGGGCAGUCGUCCCCCCUACUUCCCCCACCCCACCCCCCUCUUCCUUCCCCCCCGCGUAUUGAUUAGCACACGACACGGCACACCAGAGCCCGGCCUGGCCUCCCUCAGCACCACAGGGGCUACCGUCAGUAGUAGACAUUGUAUAACCUCACCCACCACGACACAAGACAAAAGUUGUUUCCUUGGCACAUACACCACAUCCCUCUUGUGUCAAACGGCACCAGGGGGGUAAAGUAAGACCCUUUUGUGAGACAGUAGUGUAAGGAAGAGCGGCGUGUUGCAUGGCCAUAGUGAAGUAGUGGGGGCAGGGAAGGCUCAAGGGAUAGCGGACAGGGCUGGCUAGCAGGCUUCACUUGAGGGCGUGUGGGCGCCGCUACCCGCCCACACGCCACCAUAAUUACCUGUGAUCCUCCUCACUUAAGGAUGACCUAAUGGUUAUGGUAAUGAAUGGGUUUAACAAGAGAAUAAAAUAUGUAUAAUUAUGUUGACUGCUGCAUUGUUGUUGUGGCAGUACAGCCCCAGAGAUGUACUUACACUAGAGUCAUUUGUUCUAUAAAGCUGAAGGGGAGAAGCAAGCCAAAGAUAUUUUCCGUAUGAGAAAAAUUGAGGUGACAAAUAAGUUUUGGCAGUUUUCAUAGAUGGCUUUAUGAAGCAAAUGAAGUGUAUUUUAUAUAGAUUUUGUGUAUAUAUUUAUUAUAUGUAAAUAUCUGUAAGUAAUGUCAAAAUGAUAAAGCAAUAAAAAAUCAAGUGUC